GAGCGUAAUCUUUACACACCAGUCUGUUCACUACACAAGAAACUGGUCUGGUCAUGCUGUGGAUUGUAAUUAUCUAUCUUUUAUGUGCUUGUUAGACACCUAGUAGCAGCAGAUUUGGGUGUCUUUUUUAUUACUUGGAGAACAUUUUGGAAGAUUAAAAUAGGAGAUUUGUUGGAGAGAAACAAGUGUGCUGCCACCAGCUUUUCUUUCAUUUUAGUGAAUCACUGCAAAGGAAUUUUGUGGAAUAAACAACUUUCCCAAGGCGUUUUAUCUUUCAGCAUUGUAUUUCAUGAGACACCUGGUGAGAAAUGACCAUUUAUAUUUCUGACUCUGAAUGCAUAACAAAACCCAGACAAGAAGAUGUGGAUUUGGAGAUGUUUUUUACACGCCAUGAACUUCUGGAUGUCUGAUGAUCCUCUGAAGCUGAAAGAAUGCUGCACUCUGGGGGGCUAAUGCUCUAGGCUCCUGGAUGAAACCUGUGAAAGACAGCAAUAAACAGAGGACGAAAUAACUACAUUGUCUUUCACUGCUCUCAAGUGUAAGAGCUGGAAUAUUGAUUCAUGCCAUUUUUACCCAGAGGUCAGCCGAAAACAUAGACACUCUGACAAGUCUGGAUAAGCUGCGCAAACGAGUGCCAAUGCGCUUAGUCAUUUUAAGAUGAGGUUAUGGAAGUGUGUUGCCAUCGUCUUGAUACUCUGUGGUGCUGCACUCUCUGUCUUCCGCUCUAGAAUCCUGCUUUCCUUAAAAUCACCUGUUCUUCCUCACUUUGAGCAUUCAUCAUCUUUAUUAUCAGCAUCAGCAUCAUCAAUGUUUUCAAAGAACUCCUCAUCUGGGACUGGGGGGAGGUUUCGGAGAGUCAGAGCAGCAAAUGGAGACAACUUGGUCAUCUCUGAUUUCAUACACAUGUUCCAGAGUUUCACAGAGGGCGAGUUGAAGCAGGUCGUCCACACACUGGUGCAGAGGAAAGCGCGAAGGGAUGCUAAACUGGGCAAAAGAACUAAGCGGGCCAAAAAGGGUACCAAGCCAUGUUCACUGACAGACGAGGAGGUCACAAUAAGCCAACUUGGCUUGGGCUAUGUCAGUGACGAAGUCAUCCUUUUCCGGUACUGCAGUGGCAAAUGUGUGGCAAGUCGCCAAAACUACGACCUGGCACUGGCGAAGCUGAAGGGUCAGCAUUUGUUGACUCGAGAGAACAUGGACAAGGCUCGGCACAAGCCAUGCUGCCGGCCCACAGCCUAUGAAGAGUUUACCUUCCUGGACAACCACAACCACUACCACACUAUUCAUAACGCUUCUGCACUGAAGUGUGCUUGUGUAUGAUGUCAAUUUCAUAACAAAUGCCUAUUCAACAAAAGUCAUAAGAAGUACAGCAAAAAGAAUAUAAUGUCAUUUCAUGACAGCUCCAUGGAAAACAAAAAAGGAAAAAGGCCAGGCUAAGAAUAAGGAGGUUGCAACUGGCAGUUAGAGUAUAGCAACACUGUAUAGCUUUACAGUGUUGGUCUUAAAAACAAACAGCUGUUAAAUUAAGUUUUAUUUGCCUUUCUGGGACAAGGUUUUGAACUAGAAUUACAACUCCAAUUCCAAAAAAGUUGGGACACUGUGUAAAACAUAAAUAAAAACAGAAUGUGAAGAUUUGCUAAUCAUGGAAACCCUAUAUUUCAUUGAAAAUAGUACAAAGACAACAUAUCAAAUGUUGAAACUGAGAAAUUUUAUUGUUUUUUGAAAGAUAUAUGCUCAUUUUGAAUUUGAUAUCAGCAACACUUAUCAGAAAAGUUGGGACGGGGCAACAAAAGACUGAACAAGAUGUGUAAUGCUAAAAAAAUUCUAUUUGGUUAAAACUGGCAACAGGUCAGUAACAUGAUUGGGCAUAAAAAGAGCAUCCUAGAGAGGCUGAGUCUCUCAGAAGUAAAGCUGGGGAGGGGUUCACCGCUCUGUGAAAGACUGUAUGGGCAAACAGUGCAACAAUUUAAAAGGUAGGCUGCCUUUCAAAUAUUUCAAGUGUAGGUCAUAAAAAGAAUUUUCCCCGACACCCAAUUAUUUUGUUUAGUGGACUGAAAGCUACUGAAUUUGAAUCACAGACUUCCAAUUUUAUUAGUUUUUUUAGUAGAACAAUUAAUGAAUUUAGGGCCAUGUGGCCCUAAAUUCUCCACUAUUUUUUCUUGCUUCACCAUGACCCAAUUCAAGAUACUACGUCAUGCAUGACGUGGUGGGCUUUCCCCGUUCGCGCAAGGCAUUUUGGGAUACAAAUUUGAAACAGGAAAGAAAAAUGGAGGAUGUGAGUGUGCGAAUGAAACGUGAAAGACCGACUACAGUAACGGAAAGCGAGAAGAAAAGACGUUAUGUUGCGAAGGAAAGGAAACACAGGACCAAACUAAUAAAUUUCAGCGGUCAGCGAGCACCUCGGUAUGAUCAGCUGUUUGUUUAGCGACAGAAGGAUGUAACUGUCAGUGCACGGUCAAGGUAAACCUGUAGAUGGCAGUAAGGGCCUCUGCAUGCUCUUGUGACAAGGCUUUCGCAGAUAGCUUUUCGCAGACAGUUGUAAUUUAUCGUUGAGUGGGGAGUAAUAGGCGUGCACGAUGUUAUUCACCGCCACAACGCAAGGGGGCGCGAAGUCGCGAAAUCGCUAGGAGUAGUUGGUGGGUGUGGUUAGUGGAGUGUUUAUCCCCCGGUUACUUAUAAUGACUAGAACUGGAGUCGUAUAGAUGUACGCACUUCCUCACUUCCUCGAUCAACCGCUCUUCGUGCUGCUCCAUCUUUGCUCAUGUUUUUAAAAAUGGCGGUAGUGAAAACAAACCAAACCGGGAAAGUAGGGAAGCGGAAGUGCAUGUACAGCGGAUGUAGAGUGGACCAAUCAGAGCCCUCUUGUCUGCGACGCUGUCUGCGAGGCUUCUGCGGUGGUCACAAUUUUUGGGAGGUGCGCGCAGAGCGUCUGCGAAGGGGGGGGCUACGCAGACGCCAUCUGUGACGCCAUCUGCGAGGACUGCGUUGUCAGCAUAAAUUGGCCUUAAUGCAACACUGUAGAUGCCAGCUGCCAUAAAACCCAAAUGAAGAAGAAGAAAGUAAACCUGCGCAUGUGCACAUGGACUUCCUCUGUUCGCUUGACUGUGUGAAGUGAGUGAUUUCAUGCAUAUUAUUUGUUAGGAAAUCCUGUCAAAUUAAAUAACUUCCCAGCCACAAAAUGGCCUGUUUUUUUUUUUGAGAUAUUACAAAAUAAUCACAACGACCAAAUUUCUGAGGGAAGUAAAUUUCACAUAUUUUAUGAAAUCAAAAGGCUGUCUAGCUUUAAGAAUAACGUUCCUCAAUGUAAAAUUGCAAAGAAUUUGGGGAUCACGUCAUCUAUGGUACAUAAUAUCAUUUAAAGAUUUAGAGAUUCUGGAGAAAUCUCUGUAUGCAAGAGACAAGGCUGAAAACUGACAUUGGAUGCUUGUGAUCUUCAAGCCUUCAGGCGACACUGCAUUAAAAGCAGACAUGUGUCUUUUAGGGUUUCUGUGAUUUGAAAAUUAUCACAUUCUGUUUUUAUUUACAGUUUACACAGUGCCCCAACUUUUAUGGAAUUGGAGUUGUUGUCAGUCAGCCAGUAAACUGCAGGAGUAAUAUAAAAUCAGAAUUUUAAAUAAUCAUUUUCUUCUCCAAUAAAUUAUUUCCAUGUCAGAGCAGUCAGAGCAAUCUGCUCAGCCUCAAAAGUCCUACACUGCAUAAAAGAUUAAGACAUACUUGUUGCCCUUGAAAGCAGGGCUACUUUCACAUUCCUCAGAUCACACACAUAAUACUAUAAAAAAAAAACACUUUGAGUGAAAAGAUGAAAUGAACAAUAAUACUGUAGACACUGGUAAUGAAAGUAGAGAUAGAUAUGGACAGAUAUACUGUAAAAAGAGUAGCUCCACCAUUAACUAUGUAUAACAUUUCAAAUUUAAAAUACACUACAUUAAAAAUCUGCUUGACCUUUUGCACAGAAUAGCCAUUAGGGGAAAAAGAUAGCUAGACGCAGAGAGAUCACAAGCAACAUUCAGUACUACUCAAUUAAGGUUUGUGUACAGUAAGACAAGACAAAGUCAGUGCCCUGAACUUUGUAAAAGCCUGUGUAUCUCAAGACAAACCAUUCCAUCUGUUGGUGUUUUGCAACAUGUUUAAAUAAUCGUCAUUUAAUUGUUGACAAUGGAUGGUAAUGUUUAACUGUUAAAGUUAGGGUGGCCUGAUGGGUUCUCCUGAACAAAAUCAGAAAAGGCAUGAGAAACUAUGAAACAGUGUUCUGUUUCACCUGGAACAGGAACUUACAUGAAAAUGCCGUGUUAGUGCAUGGUUUCAUGUCUAUCUACGGUAUCUAUAAGACAUCAAUAAUCUUUCUCAAAGCUAAUGCCAUGUCGUCACAUCAGAUUCAAUUUUAACAAUCCGAACCAUAGUUCAACUGGUUUAGCAGACUCACCUAAUGAGUGUUCAUUGUUCAGAGGAAACGUUCCAAGGGGGAAAUUAUGACUCAUCAACUUUUGCAUCAACAAUGAGCCACAAGCAGUGUACAGGUCAUAACAGAACACAAAAGGUAUCUCCUAUUCCCCAUCAAAAUAAAAGAGAUCGGUGAAGCUGCUUUGGCAUAUUUAUGGGAUAAUGAGCAGAUGUUUUGAAAGCUUUCUUUCAUUUCUUUCCCAAUGCAUGAUUUGAGAAAACAUAACAUUUUUCUGAUGCAUAGAGAAAAUAUGGGAUAAAAUAUAAGCAUUAUUAUGGAACCAGUAAAGCUUUAAAUUCCAAAUCGUACACAGAAUUAGAGCUGAUUGUUAUAUUUGACUGCAAAAUCAGUCAAGGAGCAGAUGUCCUGUUAAGACUGUGACAGGAGGAUUGUGUCUGAGAUAACCUCACCAAAUCCAUUCCACUUUUGCAAAUCCUAUAACAGACUACUCUAAUCCACUUAGUGCCUUUCGAACAGACUCAAACACUGAAUGCUGAAGUGGACAGAACAAUUCAUUACGAAAUAAAUAGUUAUUUAUUAGCACUUCAUAUCCAUUUGAGUUAAAUGCAUGACUACAGUUACAUUGUUAAAACAAUGCUUUAAUAACAAGAUACCUCUGUGCAAUUCCUUGAUCUCCUACCCUGGAGUUUGAAAUACAAGAUUAUUCCAUCCAGAAAUGUCAUGACCUCAGGCAGAUCAAUAUUAAGCUGCAAGUAGCUCAAAGCACAUUAGUGCUUUUCACAUAUCUGGUCUAUUUUUCACAUAACAUUUAAAAAAAAAAAGAUGGUUUGUGAGCAUGUUAGUAAUCAACAAGUAUUUAACAUCUUCAGAACUUGUUCAAGUAAUUAAUUAGACUCUAAGCAGGUGAGGAAAAAGCUUCAAGGAUACAACACUGGCAUUUAUAGAUUAUUCCCAAACCUGUGCAUUAAGCAGUCUUCAGGAAGCUGGUGGGUUUUGUGCAUGCAUUUAAGCAACAUUGCAGCAUGAGUAAAUAUAACUAAGGCGCAGCAAUUAUUAUUAUUUUUAUUAUUAUUUAAGUUCACUGAAUGUACUGAUUCCAUUCUAAUGUUUCACUUUCUUCAAACCAAAAUGUAUUAAUUAAACAGUUAUUAUGAACAUAUUAUAAAAAAAAAAAAAAACAGCAACAACAAAAAAACAUUACCACAGAUACAGCCACUUUGCCCGGGCUUUGUUGGACCCUUUCGACCAACUACAAUCAACAUUGAUGCAAUGCAUCUUUAUAAAGGUUUAUCUAUAUUUAUUACAGAGUAAGUUAUGGUUUAUUUAUUUACACAGCAUCACAGACAAAACAGGAGCAUUUAUUUAUUAAAUGUAUUGGUGCC